AGAAAGUGAGUUUACCGAAACAGAGCGAUUUCAAACGCUAGCUCCUUAUGAUCUUUAGCGCCACUGCUUUCUAGAUCUCUGUCUGCCUAUACUGCUCAAUGGCUGUCCCCGUCGAAGAAGCCAUUGCUGCCCUCUCAACAUUCUCCCUCGAGGAUGAGCAGCCGGAGUUGCAAGGACCGGGCGUUUGGGUGUCAACUGAGAGAGGCGCAACUGAGAGCCCAAUAGAGUAUUGUGAUGUUUCUGCUUACCGUCUAUCUCUAGCAGAAGACACAAAAGCUCUCAAUCAGUUGAAUGCACUUAUUCACGAGGGGAAAGAGAUGACAUCAGUUCUUUAUACAUAUCGAAGUUGUGUUAAAGCACUUCCUCAGCUACCUGAAUCUAUGAAGCAGAGUCAAGCUGACUUAUAUUUAGAAACAUAUCAAGUUUUGGACUUGGAAAUGAGUCGUCUACGUGAGAUCCAGAGAUGGCAGGCAUCAGCUGCAUCAAAGCUUGCUGCCGAUAUGCAACGCUUCUCAAGACCCGAGAGGCGCAUCAAUGGCCCAACAGUUACUCAUCUCUGGUCAAUGCUGAAAUUGCUUGAUGUAUUAGUUCAACUUGAUCAUCUUAAAAAUGCCAAGGCAAGCAUACCCAAUGACUUCUCUUGGUAUAAAAGGACGUUCACACAAGUCAGUAUUCAGUGGCAAGACUCUGAUUCAAUGAGAGAAGAAUUAGAUGACUUACAGAUUUUCUUAAGCACUAGAUGGGCCAUUUUACUGAAUCUACACGUUGAGAUGUUUCGUGUAAAUAAUGUAGAAGACAUUCUUCAGAUCCUCAUUGUAUUUGCUGUGGAGUCCUUGGAGUUGGAUUUUGCUCUUCUAUAUCCAGAGAGGCACGUGCUUUUACGUAUUCUGCCUGUUCUUGUUGUAUUAGCAACAUCAUCAGAGAAAGACAGUGAAUCUCUUUAUAAGAGGGUGAAGAUCAACAGACUCAUUAACAUCUUUAAGAAUGAUCCGGUGAUUCCAGCAUUUCCAGAUCUUCAUCUUUCUCCAGCAGCAAUUUUGAAAGAGUUGUCAAUAUACUUCCAAAAAUUUUCUGCCCAAGCUCGUCUUCUUACUCUUCCAGCUCCACAUGAGCUUCCACCACGUGAAGCACAAGAAUAUCAGAGACAUUACCUUAUCAUCAACCACAUUGGAGCCAUCCACGCAGAGCAUGAUGAUUUCACCAUUCGGUUUGCAUCAUCAAUGAAUCAGCUGCUGCUGUUGAAAUCAACAGAGAAUCCAGAUAUUGAGUGGUGCAAAGAUGUUAAGGGGAACAUGUACGACAUGGUGGUUGAAGGUUUUCAACUCUUGAGCAGAUGGACUGCACGUAUUUGGGAACAAUGUGCAUGGAAAUUCUCUCGUCCAUGCAAAGAUGUUAUUUCCUUGGAAUCUCAUGAAACUUCAUCAUUCUCAGACUAUGAAAAGGUGGUGAGACAUAAUUAUAGUGCAGAUGAAAGGAAAGCUCUUGUUGAGCUGGUUAGCUAUAUAAAGAGCAUUGGGUCAAUGAUGCAGAAGUGUGAUACUCUGGUAGCUGAUGCUUUGUGGGAGACAGUACAUGCCGAGGUUCAAGAUUUUGUUCAAAACACAUUAGCCACCAUGUUACGAACUACCUUCCGUAAGAAGAAAGAAAUUUCAAGGAUUCUUUCUGAUAUGCGGACUUUGUCAGCCGAUUGGAUGGCAAAUAGAAGCAAAUCUGAAUCCGAAGCACAAUCUAUUCAAAGAGGUGAAGAAAGCAAAGUGAACUUCUUUUAUCCACGCCCAGUUGCACCAACGUCCACUCAGGUUCACUGCUUGCAAUUUCUGAUUUAUGAGGUGGUGUCUGGUGGUAACCUUAGGAAGCCCGGGGGGCUUUUUGGUAACAGUGCAUCUGAGAUUCCCAUUAAUGAUUUGAAGCAGUUGGAGGCAUUUUUCUACAAGCUCAGCUUUUUUCUGCACAUAUUUGAUUACACAGUGACAGUUGCAACAUUAACGGAUCUUGGAUUCCUAUGGUUUAGAGAGUUUUAUUUAGAGACAUCUCGUGUUAUUCAGUUUCCUAUUGAAUGCUCCCUUCCCUGGAUGCUGGUGGAUUAUGUCCUUGAGUCACAGAAUGCAGGCCUUUAUGAGAGUGUUCUAUUUCCACUUGACAUUUACAAUGAUUCAGCUCAACAUGCUUUGGUUACUUUGAAACAACGUUUUCUCUAUGAUGAAAUUGAAGCUGAGGUUGACCAUUGUUUUGAUAUAUUUGUCUCAAAACUAUGUGAUUCAAUUUUUACACAUUACAAGAGUUGGGCUGCGAGCGAGAUGCUCGACUCGUCUUUCCUAUUUGCCAUAGACAAUGGUGAAAAAUAUUCUGUCCAGCCUAUGAGAUUUAAUGCCCUUCUAAAGAUCACUAGAGUCCAGUUACUUGGGAGGACCAUUGAUUUAAGAAGCCUGAUUGCUCAACGAAUGAACAGAAUUUUUCGAGAGAAUCUUGAGUUUUUAUUUGAUCGGUUUGAGUCUGAAGAUCUUUGUGGCAUAGUGGAACUAGAAAAGCUGAUGGAUGUCUUGAAAGCGGCCCACGAAUUUCUGUCCAAGGAUCUUUCAAUAGACUCAUUUAGUCUCAUGCUAAAUGAGAUGCAAGAAAACCUCUCUCUUGUGUCAUUCUCUGGUCGAUUGGCUUCCCAGAUUUGGUCAGAGAUGCAGAAUGACUUCUUGCCGAACUUUAUCCUAUGCAAUACUACUCAGCGAUUCGUAAGAUCGUCGAAAGUUCCUCCUGUUCCAGUUCAGAAACCAUCAGUUCCACAUGCCAAGCCUAACUUCUACUAUGGUACUCAAGACUUCAAUUCUGCUCAUCAAAGUUUUGCACGGUUGCACAGUGGAUUCUUUGGGAUGACUCACAUGUUUUCCAUUGCGAGACUUCUAGGAUCUAGAUCCUUACCAUGGCUUAUUCGAGCACUUCUGGAUCAUAUAUCAAAUAAGAUUGCUAUACUUGAACCGAUGAUAGCAGGAUUGCAAGAAGCAUUGCCUAGAUCUAUAGGACUACUACCAUUUGAUGGAGGUGUAGCAGGUUGCAUGAGAUUGAUCAACGAAAGUCUAAACUGGGAAGCAAAGUCGGAGCUCAGAUUGGAGGUCCUACAUGGAAUAAAGGAGAUUGGAAGUGUAUUAUAUUUGAUUAGUCUUCUUGAUAUCGUGCUGAGAGAGUUAGACAUCACCCAUUUCGUGCAAACAGCACCUUGGUUAGGGAUAAUUCCAGGUGUUGAUGGACAAAUAUUGCAUUCUCAAGAUGGAGAUAGCCCUAUUGUAAGCCUAUUCAAGUCGGCAACAAGUGCAAUUGUUUCAAAUCCUGGAAACCCUAAUGCAAUGUCAUACUAUACCAUGUCAAAGCAGGCUGAAGCAGCAGAUCUUCUGUACAAAUCUAACAUGAAUACUGGAAGUGUUCUAGAAUAUGCGCUUGCUUUUACAAGCGCUGCUCUGGAUAAAUACUGUAGCAAGUGGAGUGCUGCUCCCAAGACUGGAUUCAUUGACAUCACUACUUCAAAAGAUUUUUAUAGGAUAUACAGUGGACUUCAAAUAGGUUACCUGGAAGAGUGUGCUCAGUCACCAUCAAACAACCAUGAACUGCUUGGUGAUUCAGUUGCUUGGGGUGGCUGCACAAUUGUCUACCUGCUUGGGCAACAGCUACAUUUUGAGCUGUUUGAUUUUUCAUACCAACUCCUCAAUAUUGCAGAAGCAGAGGCUGGAACAGUUGUGCAAGCACAUAAAAGUUCCCAUUAUAUGCAGGGCUGGGAGUCCUUAAUAGAAGCCAUGAAGAAGGCCAGAAGACUGAACAACCAUGUAUUCUCAAUGCUGAAGGCGCGUUGUCCUCUUGAAGACAAGACUGCCUGUGCCAUCAAGCAGAGCGGUGCGCCUCUUCAUCGGAUUAAAUUCGAGAAUACCGUCUCUGCGUUCGAGACGCUGCCCCAGAAGGGAGCUGUCAACUGAUGCCUUUACAACAACCUGCUUCUUUCUUUGUGGUAGUAGUUUUGUAUUGUCAAUGUGAAUGACGGUGCAGCAUAGCUGAUUCUGAUGUUUAAGCCAUUUCUUCUUGGCUUUUUUGUGUUUAGGGAAUUUAAAUUGAUUCUUUUCUAUACGUGAUUUCUUUUAAUUGCCUCCUUGAAAUCAAGAUAUUUCUAUUUUUACUUGCUAUUAAUCUUUUUGUCUCCUAA